AUGCCUAAGAGAAAGUCUCUCACUGGUAGAAAAGAGCGCAGGAAGGAUGUUGAGAGGAAGAGGCAAAGGAAACUUGAGUCCUGCCAUGAUAUUCCAUCAGAAAAACCAGUGACAGAGUCCAAUGCUCCACAGAGAGAAGUCGAUGAAGCUGCUCCUGGCUCAGAGUGUGGCUCUAUAGGGUUGCCACCUACUACACUAAAACCCUUGGCCAGGGUGCAGGCCUCUCCUUGUGAGAGAAUGCACUCAGCCCCGAGGUUGUCAUCUCCUCGGGGAAGUCGUCUGAUUGUCCCAAAAGACAAGGUAGCAUCCCCUGACUCCCCAGCGUGGGUUUGUACUCCACCGAGAGUACCUGAAUCGGACAUUUGGAUGAUGUCAGAUUCAGCAGGUCAGGCGCAGCUGAUACCUUCCAAGGGGAAAGAGGGAGAUCCAAUGUUUGGUGAAAAUAGUGGAACUCAGUGUGUAGCAAAUUCUUUAACAGCACUGGCAUAUCAUAAAUUAAAGAAUUGUGAGCAAUGGCAGUAUGAAGAUAUGAACAAAAUUUUGGCAAUAGGAGAUGAGAUGUACUCAUAUCUACAGUGUAGUUCAACAAUUGCAAACAGAUACCUUUUAGUAAGUGAAUUGCCUCAGUUUUUUGAAUGCUUUGGUAGAAUGUUUGAGUUUAAAGCAAAUGAGUCUUUACCAAGCCUGAUAAACUUGGCAGGUGUAGUACUAAAUUAUACCGACUUUAAUGCUUAUCAGAUAUUAGAUGCACUUCAAAUAGCCCUUGAUGACAGUGAUGGUUGUUUUGUGUGUUUUGGUGGAAAUACAUUUUUGAUUGGGAAAUGUCAACAUAAUUUCUUCACAUUUGAUUCUCACUCAAGGUCAUCUGCAGGAUUUCAGAGUGUACAUGGUAGAAGUACACGAGUAUUGUAUGAAUCAGUACAAGAUUUAUGCAAUCAUAUUUUGUCUUUAGCUAGGUCAAUGGGUUAUUCGAAAGCAGUGGAAUGUGAAAUAACUGGAGUGCAAUGCUCAGUUAGACAGCUUUCAUUGGGUAAGGAAGAAGGCAUUAAAAAACAAUUACAAAUCAGUGAUAAAGAGCAUGAACUAAACAAAUCUGGAGAGUUUCAAUGCAGUAUUAGUAGUACUGGUUUACAAAAUGCUGAUGAGGUAGAAUUUGUUGGGAGUGAGAAGCAUCAGAUAAGAUUUUUACCACUUUCUGAUGAUCAGAAGAAAACACACUGUGAAAUCUUAAAAAUACCAUAUUCAAUGCAUAAAUGUGAAAAUCAGCAUGAGUAUGGACAAGAAAUAACAGUGCCAAUGAACACUGUACUAGUUGAUCCAGAUGGAAAUUGUUUCUUUAGAGCAAUUUCAUUCUGUUUAACAGGAAAGGAAGACUUUCAUCACACAAUACGUUUAGCAGUAUGUCAUCAUCUCAUGGAAAAUGAUUUGCUUUUCACACCAUUCUUAAGGCCAGGUGAAAAUUCUGUAGAGAACCACAUUUCCUUGUCAAGCAUGUGCAUGGAUGGAAGAUGGGCAACUGAAUUAGAGAUUCUUGCACUGUCCCAUUUAUUGAAAACUGAAAUUCAUACAUACUCAGAGAACAAAUGGGUUACUUUUUCAGGAUUGAUGGUGAAUCCAGAAGAAAACAUGGCCUCACUGGGAGGUAUUUAUUUAGAUCAUAAGAAUCAGAAUCAUUACAAUGUUGUCACAUCUGUUACUUUGGGAAAAAAUGUAUCAGCAAUUCAAUCACAGAAACUAUUAUGUUUGAAACAUAACACUAGGAAAAUUGCAGAUAGAAACCAGAAGAGACAACAGCGAGAAUCUAUUUCAUUCCAAAAUGAAAGAUGCAAACUUGAGAUGUCAGAUCUACACAAAGAAAAAGUGAAAGAAAAAAGUAAACAAAAGUAUGAAUCAAACCAGCUACACAGAGAAGAAGUCAAACAAAGAAGCAGACAGAAGUAUAAAACAAAUCAGUCACAUAAGGAGGAAGUCAAACAAAGAAGCAGACAGAAGUAUAAAACAGAUCAGUCACAUAAGGAGGAAGUCAAACGAAGAAGCAGACAGAAGUAUAAAACAGAUCAGUCACAUAAGGAGGAAGUCAAACAAAGAAGCAGACAGAAGUAUAAAACAAAUCAGUCACAUAAGGAGGAAGUCAAACAAAGAAGCAGACAGAAGUAUAAAACAAAUCAGUCACAUAAGGAGGAAGUCAAACAAAGAAGCAGACAGAAGUAUAAAACAAAUCAGUCACAUAAGGAGGAAGUCAAACAAAGAAGCAGACAGAAGUAUAAAACAGAUCAGUCACAUAAGGAGGAAGUCAAACGAAGAAGCAGACAGAAGUAUAAAACAGAUAAACAGCACCAUGAAAAGGUUAAAACAGCUAGUAAAGUAAAAUAUCAUUCCAGUGCAGAAACAAAGACACAGAUUAAGGAAUCUGUACAAAAACAAAGACAAGCACUGCAUGAAAUGCUUAAAAACAUUGAUGAAGUGGUGAAAUCAUUUAAAAAUUGUGUUAGACAUGGACCAGAAUAUGUAUGUUGCUGCUGCCAUCGCCUUUUGUUUGAAAACCAGGUACAAGGAUGUACACUUGAAAUGUAUGAAAAAAGUAUUAAGGCAGUUCAUGUUGCAAAUUUGUGCAUGGAUAAGAAAUAUGUUCAUAGUUGUACAUCUGCAUGUUCUCAAAAUUGUCCGAAAUCAUGUACUUGGAUUUGUUUUACAUGCCAUAGAAAAAUUCUAAGUGGAAAUGUUCCUGCUGAAGCAGCUUUCAACAAAAUGUAUUUGGAAGAUAUUCCUCCAGAGCUCAGUAACUUGAAUAGUUUAGAGCAGCAUCUAAUUGCUCUUCAUAUACCUUUCAUGAAAGUAAUGAUGCUUCCAAAAGGUGGCCAGGAAAAUGAACAUGGACCUGUUGUAUGUGUGCCAUCGAACCUUAAGAAAACAAGCAGUUUGCCUCUGAAUGGAAAUGAAAAUCUUUUAUUACGAGUUAAGCUCAAACGAAAGUUGUCCUAUAAGGGAUAUUAUGAAUAUCAGUUUGUAAACCCAAAUGACAUUAAAAUAGCUCUCAAUUAUCUGAAAGAAAAUAAUCAGUGGUAUCAUAAUGUUGAAAUCAACACAACAUGGGAGAAAGGUAAUGACCAAAGUACCUUAUUCUGCCAGCCAGAAGUAUUUGACAAUGAAGAAAUAAUUGAAGAACAAAACAUUGCAAUUCAAGAAGUUGCUACAGAUACUUGUUUACAACCUGUAGAUAUUGCCCAAGAAGUUCUAGAUCACUACUUCGAUGAUGUGUAUAACAUAGCUCCAGGUGAGGGACAAAAUCCAGUAAGAAUGUUGCAAGAGGAGGGCAAUGAAGUAAAGACAUUUCCUUACUUAUAUCCAUCUGGAAAAUAUUCAUGGAAUGAAAGUCGAGAUGUAAGGAUAACACUUUCUCGAUAUUUUAACAACAGGCUGAUGAAUGCAGAUAAUAGAUUUGCAAAGGAUACAAAUUACAUCUUCUUUUGUCAAUAUUUAUCUGAAUUGAACCAGGUGAUUGAGAAAACUCAAAUUUCAAUUCGGAAAUCUGUAUCAAAACUUGAUGGAGGGAUACAAGUCACAACAGAAAUGUUACAAAAUCCAAUUGUACUUGCAAAACUGCUCAAAACUGAUGAGGCUAUGCGGUUUAUGCAACCAAUUAGAGGAACACCUGCAUAUUGGUCUACUGCUCAAAAAGAUCUUUUUGCUAUGCUUCGACAACUUGGAAUUCCAACAUGGUUCUGUUCUUUUUCUUCUGCAGAAUUCAGGUGGAAUGAAAUACUGAGUUCAAUUAUGCUACAAAUGAAUGACAAUAGAAAUCCCUCUGAUUUAGACUGGUCUGCGAAAAGUGAAAUUCUGAGAAGCAAUCCUGUUACUGUUGCAAGGAUGUUUGAACAUAGGUUCCAUAUUUUCCAGAAGAAUGUAAUAAUGUCACCAGCAAAACCCAUUGGACAUAUUGUAGAUUACUUUGUAAGAGUUGAGUUUCAGCAGAGGGGUUCUCCUCAUAUGCAUUGCUUGUACUGGGUUGAGAAUUCACCAAAAUUAGAUGAAGACAGUGAGGAGACUGUUUGUCACUUCAUUGAUAGGCAUAUCACUUGUGCUCUACCGUCAGAGGACACUGACCUAGAACUUCGACAAAGUGUAUUAGAUGUGCAACAGCACAGCAAAAGUCACUCGAAAUCAUGUAGGAAAAAAGGAACAGAGUGUAGGUUCAAUUUUCCUAGACCACCAUCUGAGCGUACAUUCAUUUCAAGACAAUUGGAACAAAAUAUGGAUGAUUCAAGUAAUGAAUUAACUUGUGCGCAGGCAAAGGAGAUUUUGUUAAUUGUGUGGAAUGAAAUUACCAAUGACGCUAAUGCAUGUAGAACAACAGAGGAAAUAUUCACCAAUAUAAAGCUAUCACAGGAUUUAUAUGAAAAAGCACAUAGAGUAUUGGCCUCUAAAACCACCACUAUUUUGAAAAGAAAUCCAAUAGAAAUGUGGACAAAUCAAUACAAUCCAUGCCUGCUCAAAAGCUGGGAUGCCAAUAUGGACAUACAGUAUGUAUUGGACCCUUUCAGCUGCAUCGUCUAUAUUAUAUCAUAUAUUUCAAAAUCUGAAAGGGAAAUGGGAAUGCUAUUAAAGCAAACACAGAUAGAAGCAGCAGAGGGAAAUUUGAGUGCACAUGAUACCAUCAAGAGGGUAGGGUCAGCUUAUCUAAAUCACAGAGAAGUGAGUGCACAGGAAGCAGUUUAUAGGGUGUGCAAUCUUAAGAUGAAAGAGAGUUCAAGAAAAGUCAAUUUCAUUCCUGUGGGAGAAAAUCCAACUCGAUUGAGUAAGCCUCUAGCAGAAAUAAAAAAGAACCAGGACGUCAAAAUUGGUGAAAAUGAUGUGAUUGCAGAUGAUGAUGACGAAGACGAAGAAAACAGUAUAUGGAUGACAAAUAUUGUGGAAAGGUAUGAAAACCGACCUGAGUUAAAUCUUUUCCAUAAAAUGUGUCUUGCUGAAUUCUGUUCAGAAUACAGAGUGCUUAGUAAAUCUGAGAUUCCCAAGGGCAAAAAAGAAGGUGUAUAUGAAUUGAAAAAUGCAAAGGGUUACAUUCAAAAGAGAAGCAGAGGGAAACCUGCUGUUAUACGAUAUCCAAGAUUCAAUCGUGACAAUGCACCUGAAAAAUUUUAUCAGUGUCACCUACAACUUUUCCUUCCAUACUGGAAUCUUAAUCAAUUGAAACCACCUGGGUUUGAUUUAUACCAGACUUUUUAUGAGAAUGGAUAUGUCAAAGUGAAACCAAACAGAAAUUUAGAAAGAGUCAAAAGCAUAGUGGAUAGUAAUCAUGAUUACUUCUCAUAA